GCAAAAAGGAGAAACCAAAAAUAUAAACACACACAAAACUUCUCCGUUAGUUUUCGAGAGAGAGAAAAGAAGCUUUUGGCUAUGGAGGGUUUGCAGAGAUCUGCUGUUUCUUUUCGAAGACAAGGCUCAUCGGGAUUGGUCUGGGACGACCGGUUUUUAUCCGGCGAAUUGAAGCAAACCGCCGCCGCGUCGGAGAAAGAAUCGGAAGAGAAUCCGGAGGCAAAAUCGACUACACCGGCGGUGACACUGGAGCCGAUCAAUACGACGAUCGAGAGGAGCCGAUCCAACGGCGGCCGUGGGUACCGAACCGGGAAAGUAUCUCCGGCAAUCGAGCCGCCGUCGCCAAAGGUCUCUGCCUGUGGAUUCUGCAGCGCCUUUGGGAAGCCGGCGAAGAAGGCUCGCCGGACGAAAACCGGUAAGCGUAGAUCGCGAUAAGCUCCGAAAUUCUCCGACGAGCGUGGUCUGUGAGAGGAGUGAGUUUUGUCGGAAAUAGAAAUUAGCUGGAAUUUAGGUAUUGUGGGGUAAUAUAUUUAAAUUUUAAAAACUUGUUCUUGUGCCUUUUUUUUACUUAUUUUAGAUCUUAGAAUCGUAAUUGGUGUAUAAAUUAUAUAAAACAUGUAUCAUGUAUAAAUUAUCAUACCAAAAUUUCUCCAAUUCGCCUCCUCAA